GGAAGCUAAUGACCGAUGUUUGUUUUGCUACAGUUAGCAGUAUGCCUGCUGAACGCAAGCGCUCAGUAAACAUGGACGAGAAAGACGUUUGCUCCUUCAGCAACAAGGAGAAGGAGAAGGAGAGAGACGGCGACAGACGACCCGCGUCCGCUCGAGACAAGCCGAAAGACGAGGCCGCAAAAGCGAGCGGCAAAAAGGACGGCGGCGGCAAGGAGGAGAAGAGAAAGCGCCUAGAGGAGGAGAAGAAGAAGAAAGAGGAAAAGGAGCGGAGGAAGAAAGAGGAGGAGAAACAGAAAGCGGAGGAAGAGCAAAAGAAGAAAGAGGAGGAGGUGAAGAGGCAGCAGGAGGAGGAGGAGAGGAAGCUUCAAGAAGAGGAGGCGAAAAGACAACGGGAGGAGGAGGCGGCUCUGCUGAAGGAAAAGGAGGAAGGCCAUCAGCUGCACCAGGAGGCCUGGGAGCGCCAUCAUGGCAGGAAGGAGCUCCGCAGCAAGAACCAGAACGCCCACGAGGGUCGACCCGAGGAGGCUUUCUUCAGCCGACUGGACUCCAGCCUUAAAAAGAACACCGCCUUCGUCAAGAAGCUCCGCACGCUCACCGAGCAGCAGCGGGACUCGCUCUCCCACGACUUCUCCUCGCUGAACCUCAGCAAGUACAUCGGCGAGGCGGUGAGCUCCGUCGUGGAGGCCAAGCUGAAGAUCUCUGACGUGGGCUGCGCCGUCCACCUGUGCUCCCUCUUCCACCAGCGCUACGCCGAGUUCGCCCCGCUGCUCCUACAGGCCUGGAAGAAGCACUUCGAAGCGAGGAAGGAGGAAAAGUCGCCCAACGUGAGCAAGCUGCGCACGGACCUUCGCUUCAUCGCCGAGCUCACCAUCGUCGGCCUCUUCACGGACAAAGAAGGGCUCUCGCUCAUUUACGAGCAGCUGAAGAACAUUAUCGGGACCGACCGCGAGACGCACACUCACGUCUCGGUGGUCAUCAGCUUCUGUAAGCACUGCGGUGACGACAUCGCCGGUUUGAUCCCGCGCAAGGUGAAGCUGGCCGCCGAGAAGUUCGGUUUGACGUUCCCUCCGAGCGAGAUCAUCAGCACGGAGAAGCAGCAGCCUUUCCAGAACCUGCUGAGGGAAUACUUCACGUCGCUCACCAAACACCUGAAGAAGGACCACCGAGAGCUGCAGAACAUCGAGAGGCAGAACCGGCGUAUCUUACAUUCCAAAGGAGAGCUGAGUGAAGACAGACACAAGCAGUAUGAAGAGUUCGCCACUUCUUACCAGAAGCUGCUGGCCAACACUCAGUCUCUGGCCGACCUGCUGGAUGAAAACAUGCCGGACCUUCCUCAGGACAAGACCGUGCAGGAGGAACACGGCCCCGGCAUCGACAUCUUCACCCCCGGUAAGCCCGGUGAGUACGACCUGGAGGGAGGAAUCUGGGAGGAUGAAGACGCUCGGAACUUCUACGAGAACCUGGUGGACCUGAAAGCCUUCGUCCCCGCCAUCCUCUUCAAAGACAACGAGAAGAGCGGCCAGGGAAAAGACAAGGAAGACGCCAAAGACAGCAAAGAGGGGAAGGAGGGAGUGAGCACCACGGAGGAGCUGGAGCUGGAGCUGGAGGCUCUGGACAUCGCAGACGAGCCUCUGGAGAUGGAGGGACCAGACGAGGUGGAGAAUGAAGAACUGGCAAAAAAGCUCCUAGACGAGCAAGAACAAGAGGACGAGGAGGCGAACACCGGCUCCCACUUGAAGCUGAUCGUCGACGCGUUCAUCCAGCAGCUCCCCAACUGCGUCAACAGAGACCUCAUCGACAAGGCUGCGAUGGACUUCUGCAUGAACAUGAACACCAAAUCCAACAGGAGGAAGCUGGUCCGAGCUCUCUUCACCGUUCCCAGGCAGAGGUUGGAUCUUCUGCCUUUCUACUCUCGUCUGGUGGCGACUCUUCAUCCCUGCAUGUCAGACGUGGCUGAAGACCUCUGCUCCAUGUUGAAGGGAGACUUCAGGUUUCAUAUUCGGAAGAAGGAUCAGAUCAACAUCGAAACCAAAAACAAAACCGUCAGAUUCAUCGGUGAACUGGCGAAAUUCAAGAUGUUCACUAAGACAGACACGCUGCACUGUCUCAAGAUGCUGCUGUCUGAUUUCACCCAUCACCACAUCGAGAUGGCCUGCACCCUGCUGGAGACCUGCGGCCGCUUCCUGUUCAGAUCCGCCGACUCUCACCUGCGUACAAGCGUCCUGCUGGAGCAAAUGAUGCGUAAAAAGCAGGCGCAACAUCUGGACGCCCGCUACGUGACGAUGGUGGAGAACGCCUACUACUACUGCAACCCGCCGCCCAUGGAGAAGACGGUGAGGAAGAAGAGGCCGCCGCUGCAGGAGUACAUCCGCAAGCUGCUCUACAAGGACCUGUCCAAAGUCACAACGGAGAAGGUGCUCAGGCAGAUGCGUAAGCUUCCCUGGCAGGACCCCGAAGUGAAGAGCUACCUGAUCUGCUGCAUGGUCAACAUCUGGAACGUCAAGUACAACAGCAUCCACUGUGUGGCGAACCUGCUGGCCGGACUGGUGGCCUACCAGGAGGACGUGGGCAUCCAUGUGGUGGACGGAGUACUGGAGGAUAUCCGCCUGGGCAUGGAGGUCAACCAGCCGAAGUUCAACCAGCGGCGGAUCAGCAGCGCUAAGUUCCUGGGCGAGCUCUAUAACUACCGCAUGGUGGAGUCGGCCGUCAUCUUCCGCACGCUCUUCUCCUUCAUCUCCUUCGGGGUGAACCAAGAUGGCAGCCCGAGCCCGCUGGACCCCCCCGAGCACCUGUUCCGCAUCCGGCUGGUCUGCACCCUGCUGGACACCUGCGGCCAGUACUUCGACCGAGGCUCCAGCAAGAGGAAGCUCGACUGUUUCCUCAUCUACUUCCAGCGCUACAUCUGGUGGAAGAAGAGCGUGGACGUGUGGACCAAAGAUCACCCGUUCCCCAUCGACAUCGACUACAUGAUCAGCGACACUCUGGAGCUGCUGCGGCCCAAGAUGAGGCCCAGCUGCUCCCUGGAGGAGGCCACCAAGCAGGUCACCGAUCUGGAGAGGGAGGUGCUCGUCAAACUAGGUGAGGAGCAGCGGGGGGAAAGUGGGGGCAGGCGGGGGGGGAGGGGGCAGUUAAUGUAUCUCCAAUGA